AAAGGCUUGACCAAAAUAACUGGUGACUUUGAUAUUACUGGUUGAGCAAGUUUUGGUAAAAGUGAAAAAAGUAUUUUUAAAUAAUCUGAUUCAUGCAUUGGAUACAGAAGACAAUGAGGGUGUAUAUGCUGUUUUUUCUUGGAUGUACCCUAACAUCAGGGUAUGAGAACACAUCAGUUGUAAUCCCAGGGGAUGUCUAUAUAGCAGGCCUGUUUGACAUACAUGACAACUUACAAGGAUCAUGUGGCGAAAUAAGAGUAAAUGCGGGAUUUCUCUAUAGUGAAGCAUUUAUAUUUGCUCUGGAUAAAAUCAACAGCAAAACCGGCUUAUUUAAAAACCUUGGAGUAAGAAUAGGUGGCCUUGGUUUUGACACAUGUAGAAGUAUCGAUCGCACAGAAAAAAUUCUUAUGGAUAUCCAAGAUGGGACUCUUGUGAUUGAAGGUGUGACAUUUGAUGAAAUUGGAGGUGUGAUUGGUCCAAGUAGCAGUACAUAUAGCAGUAGAGUUCACCAGUUUUUAAAGCGGUAUAAUGUCACACAGAUCAGCUAUGCAUCAACAAGUACAAUGUUCAAAGACACAGAAAAAUAUCCAUACUUCCUAACAACAGUUCCACUUGAUGAUAAACAAGCCAAAGCAAUGACGAAGAUGUUACAUAAUGUUAAAUGGACCAAUGUACUGACAUUAUCAGAUAACUACACAUAUGGUUUAAAUGGCGUUGAAGCCUUUAAAACAGAAGCUGAAAAACUUGGAAUUUGUGUGGAGCAAUCAUUUGUACUGGAUAAGGAUGGCUCUCCAGCAGAGGUGGUUGACAAAAUACUAAAAGCAACAAAAACACCUGUUGUCGUGACAUUCACUGAUUUUGAUGAUGCUAUCAAAAUUAUGAGAGCAUUUCAUGAAACAGAAAAUACAUGUGGGGAUUUUGUACUUAUAGGAAGUGAAGCAUGGGCUGACUCUGAAGCAAUUGUAGAGGGAGUCGAACAGAGUUCAGAUGGGCUAAUCACUAUGAACAUAUUGGGUAGUGAAAUCCCAGGGUUUGUUGAUGCAAUGAAGCAGAAACGCUAUGGCCAGUAUCCAACCAAUCCAUACUUUGAUGCAUAUUAUGAAGAUGUCAUGAAAUGUGGUGAGAGGUAUCAAAAUGAGUGCACUAAUGAUACUUCUAUCACUCCUGAUAUGUAUGAAUUGGAUAUAUUCGCAACACAUGUUACUAUAGCAACAUAUGCGAUGGCUUUAGGUAUUCAUCAAGUUCUAACAUCAGUUUGUGGGCAAGGAUAUUCAGGUAUUUGUUCGGAUUUUAAAAUGACUGAACAGCGAGAGAAAAUAUUUCAAUUUACAAAAGAUAUCAAGUUCAACGACAUAACAGGAACUUCAUUUGAAUUUAUUGGUAAUCAAGGAAACCAAGGAUAUGAAAUACUACGCUACCAUGGUUACCCCCUCAAUAGGAGAGGAUAUAAGAGGAUUGGGAAAUAUUCCAAUGAAGAGCUCCAAUUUACUACAUUAACAGCUAAGGGUCUCACAGACACAUACUACAAGGACAUUGUGUCUGAAUGUUCAUCAGGAGCAAUCGUAACAUCAUCUUCCAUAGUCUCUGCUACAGCAUUAUGUACUCUUUUAGCUAUUUCACUAGGGCUAUCAUACAGUCAGUAUUGACGCCUCUGGGUUCUAUGUAAUUGAGGUAUUAACUUUGAAGAAGUGCCAUUGUGCAUGUGAUUGAUGUCGAGACAAAACUCUUUAGAUUGUACACAGGCUCAUAGCCAGCAUUUACCAAGGAGGAUUCAAUUUUGAAAUAAUUCCAUGGGGUCACAUUUGACAACUAUGACCCCAAAAUUUCUUGAAAAGUGCUCAGAAUGAUGAUGAUUUUGAAAAACACUUUUGGCUAAAACCACCCCCCACUCCCCUGGCCAUGGGCCUGGCUUAUAACUGAAUUCAAUAUUAACUCUUUACAGUCUGGAUUUCUCUGAAUUUGAACCUGUGGUCUGCUUUAUUCAAUAAAAUGUGUUUUAAAUAAGUAUAUUCUUUGGAAGAUACCAGAGAAAUGCUAGUUUUAUUAGCAUAUGUGUACUCAAUAGUAGACUGCAAAGAGUUCAACAGGGAAAAGGGAAUAAUAUUUUAACUUCUUCGACCUUAUCUUAUCUACAAACACAUUUAAAAUGGAAUAAGAAGUUAUACUCUGAUUAUAACAUAUCAAACUUAUACAUCUUAUGUCUAGUUAUUAAAGUAUUAGUUAACUUGUCCAU